AUGCCUUACACACCACCCUCCCACCGCUCGCCAGCAAGCUCAGCACCGUCCUCGCCCGACGUGAGCCGCCGAUCCUCCUUCCAGUCCAGCCCGAGACCGUCACUCCCCAGGUCGGCAUCAUACCUUACCAAGCACAGGAGGACACCGUCCGCGGCCACAGUACCGUCACUGAACGGCUCCUCCGACCAAAUAACGCCACCCGGCACGUCCGACGAUCUCAAGGGUAUGGCCACGAGCAGCAGCGUGAGACAAUCACCGCCGCCACUGACGGACGAACGAGGCAUGCCUAAGGGCGCCAUCAUCUCUCCGCCGGAUUCGGGCAGCGAAGAGGAGGAUGCCACUGUUCGUGGAAGACAGAUCGAGAACCUCAAGGAGCUUAAGGAUGCCAUAAGCCAGAUCCCCGUCCACCGAGAAGCCUCUCCCAGCCCGAAGCCCGAACCGCAGCCCACGCUAGCACUCAUCACCAACGAGGGCAUCUCCCACAGCUUUAGCACGGGUGCCUUGGAUGCCCUCGUCAAGACCGUCGGCCGCCGCUCCAAUCACUCGAGGUCAAGCACCGAACCCAAGAUCGUCAUGUCCAAGUCCGCUGAGGCUUCGGUGACGGGUUCCGAGGAGGAAUCUGAUGAGGACGCCCCGAGGAAGCCCCAGAUGGUACGGAAGAAGUCCGGCGAGCUUGUCCGCCCGGCCUUGAGGCCGCCCUCUCGCCGACGCCCUUCCAGCAUGCCCGGCACCCCGACCUUCUCCAAGGCAGUCCACUUCGACUCCCACCUCGAGCACGUUCGCCAUUUCCUCCAAGUCGACCGGCCACUCGCCGUCAGCGCCGGCUCAUCGCCUGUUGAUGCUUACGACAGCGACACCGAGUACCCAUUCCCUGGCGACGAGCAGCGCCCUAACUCUCGCACUCCGCCAUUCGAGUGGGAGAUCGUCACCGCGAACCACCCCGCCGAUACCCCCAUCAGGAAGUCCCUUCCCAUCCGCCUCGAAAGGGUAUGGCUGUCGCCCGACCAGAAGAACCUACUUGGCUCCAUCUGCGUUGCCAACCUGGCUUUCCAGAAGUCUGUCACUUGCAGAUUCACCCUCGACUACUGGAAGACUACCUCAGAAGUCGGUGCCGAAUACUCCCACGAGAUCCGCCCCCAAGAGGGCGGCGUUAGCCAUGAUCGAUUCACCUUCACCAUCAAGCUGUCCGACCUGGCUAACCUCGAGAGCAAGACCCUGUACUUCUGCGUCCGCUACAAUGUCAACGGCCAAGAAUUCUGGGACAACAACAACGGCACCAACUUCCAGGUCGACUUCCGCAAGAAAUUCCUCCCCCAGAAUGGCAAGCGUGGACUCCAGGGGGCUGCCAGCAGACCUGCUCUUCCCCGCAGCAACCGCCGCUCGAGCCCCUCUUCAAACCCUCGCCCCAAGUCCAUGCCCGUCGGCUUCGACGACUUCGGCGACCAGGGCAGGAUCCACUUCGACCAGCCCAUCCACGAGUAUCUCGGAGAGUCAGGUCCCAAUGCUGGACUCCGCCUCAAGACCAACAAGUCUACCGGCAGCCUGGCUAGCGACAACUUGUCGAGCCGUCUUUCGGCACCCAGCGGCCAGGCCUUUGCCAACCGCUACGACUUCGGUGCUUCCCUCUCUGCCGCCGUGCAGGCUGCGAAGGACACCAUGGGUAAGGAUCGCAACAGCGACGGUCUCUAUAUGAAGAGCCACCGCAAGAUCCAGGUCCCUGCUCAGCAACCACAGCAGCAAAGGCCCACAUCAAACCCGUCAGCUAAUGGCAGCGCUCCUGCUGUGAAGCCCGUCGCUCCCUCCGCCUCCGGCAACGAUUCUCCCAACGCAAUGAUUGCCUCUUCAUCGUAUGAGGAACUGGUCAACAAAUACUGCUUUUUCGGAUCCAAGCAGUCCAGCCCUCAGAUCAAAGACGGCACGAUGAAGAGCGGAAAGUACGACGGCGCCGAGGAUGGAUUCGCCACCCGAGGAUCCAACAGCUCGAGCUCGAGCACGAACGGCAGCCCCAGCAUGGCCCACCACACACAGCACGCCGGCCCCGCUCAACACCACGCAUUCCACCUCCGGGACCCCAACCCUUAUUUUCAGCACCUGGGGACCUAUGGCGCAUCCCCGGCCUCCUCUCCACUCAGCCAACCCCAACCCGCAAACACACGAGCGAGUCAGGCUUCCGCCCCAACGACAAUGAGGUCGGCCUCCCCGGUUGCCUCGGUGGGUGGCUUUCCUUUCGCCGGUACGUCGCCGAAUGAUUAUCCGUACGCCCAGCAGCUGCAGGAGCGCUUUCCGUUCAGCACCGAGACUCAUGCUGCGACAGCGAUUAGGGGUUGA